UCCCAUGAUCCCUCGGCCCCACUAUGCCCAGCCUGGCUGUGUUUAUUACAUCUGCCUGCUGCGGGACGAUCUGCUGCUGCGCCAGGGUGACUGCGUUUACCUGAUGCGGGACAGCCGCCGCACCCCGGACGGACACCCGGUGCGACAGUCGUACCGCCUGCUGUCCCACAUCAACCGCGACAAACUCGACAUCUUCCGCAUCGAGAAACUCUGGAAAAACGACAAGGAGGAGCGCUUUGCCUUUGGCCACCAUUAUUUCCGUCCUCACGAAACGCAUCACUCGCCUUCUCGCAAAUUCUACCACAACGAGCUCUUCCGGGUGCCGCUGUACGAAAUCAUCCCCUUGGAGGCYGUGGUGGGGACGUGCUGCGUGCUCGACCUCUACACCUACUGCAAAGGGCGGCCCAAGGGGGUGAAGGAGCAGGACGUUUACAUCUGCGAUUACCGCCUGGAUAAAUCCGCACACCUCUUCUACAAGAUCCACCGCAACCGCUACCCCGUGUGCACCAAGCCCUACGCCUUCGACCACUUCCCCAAGAAACUCACGCCCAAGAGGGACUUCUCGCCUCAUUACGUGCCAGACAACUACAAGAGAAACGGAGGCAGGUCAUCCUGGAAAUCCGAUCGCUCCAAAGCGCCCAUCAAAGAUCUGACCCCGGAGGAGGAUCCGCUGCCCCUGAUGGACGAGGUGCUGGCAGCCCCCGAGCAGGCUCCAGCGGAGCUGCCCGGCCCCGAGGAGCCCGACAAGGAGCCACUGGCCACCGAGGGCUGCCAGAGCCACAAAAAGGGCGACGAGAGCCCCUCGGACACGAGGCCACCCUGCAGCCCCGAGGAGCGGCGGCACCUGCAGAGGGAGAGGCUGAACCAGAUCCUGCUCAACCUCCUUGAGAAAAUCCCAGGGAAAAACGCCAUCGACGUCACGUACCUGCUGGAGGAGGGCUCGGGCCGCAAGCUGAGGCGCCGCACGCUGACCAUGGCCGAGAGCAGCUUCAGGAAGUGAGCGAGGAGGGAGGGGAGGGCCAGCCGAGCCCUGCGGUCACUCACUGGGGCUGGGGGCAGAGCCCAGCCCGGCCGAGGAGGGAGCAGCAAACGGACAAAAAAUCCAAACGGUAGCGCCUGGGGGGCCGGGCCGGCGCGGCGCCCACCCUGCUCUGCAGUGCUCUUGGUGUGUGUGUUGGUGGGCGUGCCUUGUAUUGAUGUUAGGUACUGAGGAAACCUCGUGGUUAUUGUCCAGGAUGGUCAAAUUUAAUUUAUUUUUUGCUUGGUAUUCCCAUUCAGAGGAAAAAAAAAAAUUGAAAAAAAAAUAAUAAAAAUAAAAAGUGGGGAGGGCAGAGGUAAAGGACUGAGUUACUCUGAGGAGGAGGAGGAUGCUCCCCGUGGUCACUGAGAAGCUGUGGUUGCACCGGGGAUGGAAAUCCAGGGGAAUCUGGGAGAUCAGGAACGCGGAGGGGAGAGGAAAGGCCCGGUGGCUCACGAGGAAAGGCUGCCCUGAAGCUGCAGCCUCCGAUUUGCACAAGUUCCAAGAAAAGAAGAGAGAAACUUCCCCGGGACGAGCGCGAGUUCACCGUGGGACGGCCGAGGAGAAGGUUCCAGAAGCCCCCGGAGCGGGGCAGGAGCGCUGGGAGGGGGGGGAGGGGGGGUUGGGGCGUGAGGUUUUUCCUUUUUUUCACUUUUUUUCUGCGGAGAAAUUUUCUAAAAGCGCAGUCAGUCAGCUCCUGACGCCACCAUCGCUGUUGGUUUUUUUGAUAAGCCGUGGUUCUCGUGUGUCUCGUGUGUCGUGCGAAUAAAAACCCGUUA